UACCUUUUGAUCACAGUUGGAGUUGUAUAUGUCAAGUCAUUUCCUCAGUCCAGGAAGGACAUUUUGAAAGAUUUGGUAGAAAUGUGCCCUGGUGUGCAGCAUCCCUUGAGGGGUCUGUUUCUUCGAAAUUACCUUCUUCAGUGUACCAGAAAUAUCUUACCUGAUGAAGGAGAGCCAACAGACGAAGAAACAACUGGAGAUAUCAGUGAUUCCAUGGAUUUUGUACUGCUCAACUUUGCAGAAAUGAACAAGCUCUGGGUGCGAAUGCAGCAUCAGGGACAUAGCCGAGAUAGAGAAAAAAGAGAACGAGAAAGACAAGAACUGAGAAUUUUAGUGGGAACAAAUUUGGUGCGCCUCAGUCAGUUGGAAGGUGUAAAUGUGGAACGUUACAAACAGGUUGUUUUGACUGGCAUAUUGGAGCAAGUUGUAAACUGUAGAGAUGCUUUGGCUCAAGAAUAUCUCAUGGAGUGUAUUAUUCAGGUUUUCACUGAUGAAUUUCACCUCCAGACUUUGAAUCCUUUUCUUCGGGCCUGUGCUGAGUUACACCAGAAUGUAAACGUGAAAAGCAUAAUCAUUGCUUUAAUUGAUAGAUUAGCUUUAUUUGCUCACCGUGAAGAUGGACCUGGAAUCCCAGCAGAUAUUAAACUUUUCGAUAUAUUUUCACAGCAGGUGGCUACAGUGAUACAGUCUAGACAAGACAUGCCUUCAGAGGAUGUUGUAUCUUUACAAGUCUCUCUCAUUAAUCUUGCCAUGAAAUGUUACCCUGAUCGUGUGGACUAUGUUGAUAAAGUUCUAGAAACAACAGUGGAGAUAUUCAAUAAGCUCAACCUUGAACAUAUUGCUACCAGCAGUGCAGUUUCAAAGGAACUCACCAGACUUCUGAAUAUACCAGUUGACACUUACAACAAUAUUUUAACAGUCUUGAAAUUAAAACAUUUUCACCCACUCUUUGAAUACUUUGACUACGAGUCCAGAAAGGGCAUGAGUUGUUAUGUGCUUAGUAAUGUUCUGGAUUAUAACACAGAAAUUGUCUCUCAAGAUCAGGUGGAUUCCAUAAUGAAUUUGGUAUCCAUGUUGAUUCAAGAUCAGCCAGAUCAACCUGUAGAAGACCCUGAUCCAGAAGAUUUUGCUGAUGAGCAGAGCCUUGUGGGUCGCUUCAUUCAUCUGCUGCGCUCUGAGGACCUUGACCAGCAGUACUUGAUUUUGAACACAGCACGAAAACAUUUUGGAGCUGGUGGAAAUCAGCGGAUUCGCUUCACACUGCCGCCUUUGGUAUUUGCAGCUUACCAGCUGGCUUUUUGAUAUAAAGAGAAUUCUAAAGUGGAUGACAAACGGGAAAAGAAAUGCCAGAAGAUUUUUUCAUUUGCCCACCAGACUAUCAGUGCUUUGAUCAAAGCAGAGCUGGCAGAAUUGCCCUUAAGACUUUUUCUUCAAGGAGCACUAGCUGCUGGGGAAAUUGGUUUUGAAAAUCAUGAAACAGUCACAUAUGAAUUCAUGUCCCAGGCAUUUUCUCUGUAUGAAGAUGAAAUCAGUGAUUCCAAAGCACAGCUAGCUGCCAUCACCUUGAUCAUUGGCACUUUUGAAAGGAUGAAGUGCUUCAGUGAAGAGAAUCACGAACCUCUGAGGACUCAGUGUGCCCUUGCUGCAUCCAAACUUCUAAAGAAACCUGAUCAGGGCCGAGCUGUGAGCACCUGUGCACAUCUCUUCUGGUCUGGCAGAAACACGGACAAAAAUGGAGAGGAGCUUCACGGAGGCAAGAGGGUAAUGGAGUGCCUAAAGAAAGCUCUAAAAAUAGCAAAUCAGUGCAUGGACCCCUCUCUACAAGUGCAGCUUUUUAUAGAAAUUCUGAACAGAUAUAUCUAUUUUUAUGAAAAGGAAAAUGAUGCGGUAACAAUUCAGGUUUUAAACCAGCUUAUCCAAAAGAUUCGAGAAGACCUCCCGAAUCUUGAAUCCAGUGAAGAAACAGAGCAGAUUAACAAACAUUUUCAUAACACACUGGAGCAUUUGCGCUUGCGGCGGGAAUCACCAGAAUCUGAGGGGCCAAUUUAUGAAGGUCUCAUCCUUUAAAAAGGAAACAGCUCACCAUACUCCUUUCCAUGUACAUCCAGUGAGGGUUUUAUUACGCUAGGUUUCCCUUCCAUAGAUUGUGCCUUUCAGAAAUGCUGAGGUAGGUUUCCCGUUUCUUACCUGUGAUGUGUUUUACCCAGCACCUCCGGACACUCACCUUCAGGACCUUAAUAAAAUUAUUCACUUGGUAAGUGUUCAAGUCUUUCUGAUCACCCCAAGUAGCAUGACUGAUCUGCUAUUUAAAAUUCCUGUGAUCUUUAAAAAAAAAAAAAAAAAAAACCCACAAAAAAACCCACAAGCACUUAUCUUGGCUACUAAUGAAGCUCUCCUUCUUUUUUUUUUUGUUUGUUUGUUUGCUUCAUUGUUCAUUGUGUAUUUUCUUCAUUCCUGGGGAGUACUAACCCAAAAGUGUCUGUCUCUCUUGUUUUCUAGUCCAAUUUGAGAUUAAUUUAGAAGAAAGGAAUAGUGUAUGUGAAAUUCAUCUUGGGCUUUUCCCUAAAUUGCAAGAUAAGGCCAUGUGUAAGAUUUUCCCUAAAACUAGAAUAUAUUAAUGCAUGUUUGAGAAUUUUAAAGCACCAUGGUCAAAACCAGAAGCUAUAUUUUGCAUAUUUGGACUCAGCCAUCCAUUAAGAACCUACGUUGUCCUCUGGACAUAUUUAUCAAUAUAAUUGGGUUUAAAAUAGUAUAAAAGAAAAUUUGUGAUCUAUAUAAUUUAUGUAUCACCUUCAUUGUAAAUUUAGCAGGAAAUGCAUCACAAUUAUGAUUUUUUUUUUUUGCACCAGUGAAACAAUAAAGAUGCUAUUAACAAUUUUGGAGCUUUUUUCCCCUUUCAUACUAUCUUUAAUUGAUAAAAAGAACUAGUAGAAUGGCUAUAGAGUUUAAUAGUCAUUCUCAUAUAUUCACAGAGCUCACUUAACUCUAGUUUUAAGCACUUGUUGAGCAAGGCAGCAUCUACUCUUUUUAGUCAUUUAUACCCGUUUUCUUUCCUCAACUUUACCCUGCUUUUCCCAAGGCAUGUUAAAUUCACAUAAACCUCCCAAAGGCUCACCACCGAUACUAGUUACCUACUAUAUAAUAAACCAUCCCAAAACUUAGUGUCUUAAAACAGCAAAUAUUUAUCUCACAGGUCUCUGGAUCAGGAAUUUGGGAGCAGCUUAGCUGGUGGCUCUGGCGAAGAGUGUGGUAUAAGGUUGCAAGCAAGGUACUGGUUGGGGCUGCAGUCAUCUGAUGCUUUGACUGCUGGGGCUGACUUUUCUGCUCACUGACUUGGCUGUUAGGCAGAGGCCUCAGUUCCUCUCCUUGACGGCCCUUCCAUAGAGUUCCUCACAGCAUGGUGGCUGGCUUUCCCCUGAGUAUGAAAGCAAGAAGGAAACCACAGUGCCUUUCAGUGGCCUCCCCGUGGAAGUGACAUGCUCAUUUUUGCCUUAUUCUGUAAGUGGGGAGUCACUAAGUCUAGCCUAUAUUCAAGGGUAAGGAGAAUUAAGCUCCACCUCUUGAAGGGAGAAUUUAUAGACAUUUUCAAAUGACUACAUCACUUAACCCCUCACCAUCUGCCCUCCCAUUGCUAGCACUUGAUGACUAGCCCUUGCUGGGCUUUACAUGAACAGAUGUUUCCCAAAGUUAUAAAAUUAGUACCACUAAAAUGUAUCAAAUGUUAAGCCAUUCUGUGCUAUGUCAUAGUCCAGCAAACCCUUUCUGUUCUUUGCAGGUGUUAGUUUACCCCGUAUAAACCUGAUUAUGGCUUGACAUGUCCAUAUUAUUUACAUGUUUUGUGAAAUACAACGGGAAUAGUAGAAAAGACAUGAGUCGAGAAUACUUGAAUCGAAGAGGUUGGUUUGCAAGUAAAAUAAUGUCAGUACAGUGUGUAAAUUAUCUCUUAUUUUCUGGGUUGAGGUAAACCCAAUUUUAAAAAUAAUAAACCAACAAAAGUAAAUAAAAGUGAAACAAAAGCACUGCUAGUAUCCUUAAGUUACAGAUUUUUUUUGUUGAACAAAAACUGGGUACCAGAUAUAGUUAGGCACUGAAUCUAAAGGUGAAGAAGAUCAUAGUCCCUAGCUUCAAGAACGUUAUUCUGCUGUGAAGACAGACCCGUAGUUACAGAAGAUGGUAAGGGUAUGCCCAGGAGAGCAGUGAAGAAGAGCUUUGAGGGAUUGGAGAUGGGGAAGUUCUCCAGAGGGUUGUAUGAAUUCUCGUGGAACGUCAAGUCCAAUAGUUGAUUUAGUCUUCUGAGGCCAGUGCUUUGGCCUGCAGUCCCAGGCUACUCAGAUAGAACCAUGGGCUGAAGCAAGUUAUACUCUUGGCUGUCUGUAGUGAAAUAGAUACUUAGAAAUUGACUUAGCAUUUAAAACCUUUUAUAGCAAUUUGACAGAGUAAUUUUAUGUCUAUUGGAUGUAAUAAACAUUUGGCUUUGUGU